AUGUCGUCUUCAUCGGAUAAUGUUAUUAUGGCAUCGUUAGACAAUGCAUUAAUACAAUUAAAUCGAUAUUUGGCAGUAUUUAUACUUCUUUUUGGUGUUAUUGGAAAUAUUCUUAAUAUUUUUGUUUUAUCUCAACGAAAAUUACGAAUAAAUACAUGUGCAUGGUUGUUUCUUAUUUCAUCGAUUGUCAAUAUAAUUGCGUUGAUAUUUGGUCUUAUAACACGUAUUCUUUCUACUUGGUCAUUAGAUGUUACAGCUACAAUUGGAUGGACUUGUAAACUUCGAGCUUUUAUUUUAUUUAAUUCACGAACAAUUGCUUUUUGGUUAAUUACAUUAGCUUCGAUUGAUCGAUGCCUUCUAUCAAGUCGUCAUAUUUAUUAUCGACAAAUGAGUACAUUACAAAAUGCACAACGAGGUUUUAUUGUUAUUGUAUUGAUUUCAACAAUCGUAUUUAUUCAUUUAGUAUAUUGUUAUGACGCAAAUCAAAUAAAUAGUCCAUUAAAAUGUUAUGGUAUAUCAACAUCAUGUCGUCUUUAUUCGGAUUUAACUUUUGCAUUCAUUACUGUUAUCAUACCACUUGUAUUAAUGAGUGUUUUCGGUUUAAUAACAAUUUCAAAUGUAUUUCAAAUUAAAAAGCGUAUCUAUCCAGCAGAGAAAUUCGAUGGAAAAAUAAUACAUAAAAUAAGUUUUCCUACAAGAAAAACAGACCAACAAUUAUUGGUUAUGCUUUGUAUACAAAUUAUUUUACUUGGUAUAUUUACUGUACCAUUAGUUAUUCAAAGAUUGUAUACAACGAUAACGAUGAAUGCAGUUAAAAGUGCUUUACAGAAUAAAAUCGACAAUUUUCUUUAUAAUUUUUUAUUUUUAUUGUAUAGUAUUGCAAAUGGUAUGCCAUUUUAUAUUUAUACAUUAACGGGUGGAAGUACUUUUCGAAAUGCUCUUUUCAAACUUUUAUUUCCCAAUAAACAGAAAAUUGUUGGAUGA